GCCUACUGAAUGUUGAACGUUGAACAUAUAUCAGUGUAGAAUGUACUGAAGCGCUCGAAUUCUCAGCGCCAAUCAGACCGAACAACCUUUACGCUCUACUCCCUCAUGAGAUGGCAGAUCACUCCAGACUUAUUUCCGGGACGCUAAAUGCUUCCCUAUGGACCGAGGAAAACGAGUCGGCUAUCCUUGCCCCAUACACCUACCUGACUUCCGCACCCAGUAAAGAAACCCUGCGAUAUCUGGCUAAUGCUCUUAAUGAUUGGCUCGACGUUGAAUCCACACAGCUGGAGCUCAUCGUCAAAAUUGCUCAAGCACUGCAAAAUGACUCUUUACUGUUCGAUGAUAUCGAAGAUGGCUCUGAGCUUCGUCGAGGACAGCCAGUUGCCAAUAAGGUUUACGGUGUACCGCAAACCGUCAACGCAGCAUCGUAUAUCGUUAUCAAGGUAUACAAGGAUGCUUUAGAGCUCCGUGGCAUUAUGAAAGAUGAUACUUCGAUCAAAGCUGGUUCGACCCCAGAGGAGAUCAUAACAGAGGAGCUUCUGAAUGCUCAUCGAGGCCAAGGAAUGGAUAUCCUGUGGCGGGAUCAUGUAAAAUGUCCCACUGAAGAUGAAUAUAUCGAGAUGAUCAAGAACAAAACAGCCAGUCUUUUCAGGAUUCUAAUAAGAUUGAUGAUGGCUUGCGCAACGAAACAAAAAGAUGUAAAUUAUAUCCCCCUCAUAGAUUUGAUUGGGGUGAUGUACCAGAUCCGCGACGAUUACAGUAAUCUUCAAGACGCCAGCUAUAGCGAUACGAAAGGCUUCGCAGAAGAUCUCACCGAGGGAAAAUUCUCCUUCCCCUUGGUUCAUGCCAUACGCGCUGAUACAUCAAACACACAGCUUCUAGAUAUCAUUAAACAACGCCCUAAAUCUCCUACAUUGAAGAGACAGGCUCUAUCGUACAUGGAGAAGGAAACCAAGUCGUUUGAGUAUACGUUAGCGGUGUUGCGCACGUUGCAAACGAGGAUAGACGAGGAAAUGAAGACGUUGGGAGGGAACUUCAAGUUGCAGAAAUUAUUGGAUAAGCUUCGUGUCAAGUAACAAGCUGUGUAUGAGAUGCGUCAGUCCGGCGCUAGCCAGUGGCAUAGAACAUAUCAAUUUUGGAAAGUUUUUUCUUAGUAUCCAUCAAUGUCGAAGACAGGUAGAAAUU